UAAACCGGAAGUUAAAUUUGUAAACACGCUAUUGUAAAUAGACUUUCUCUUUCACAUAUCUUUGACUUAAAAAUGACUUAAUCGGUCCAUUCGUGACAUAUAUUCAAUAUCAAAAUGCCAGUUAAGCAGAGAAAGGUCGCCCUUAUGGGAUUUCGAUCUGUUGGGAAGUCCAGCUUGACUAUCCAGUUUGUUCAAAACCAGUUUGUUGAUUCCUACGACCCUACCAUUGAAAAUACUUUUCAGAAGACAGUUAAGAUAGCUGGCCAGGAAUAUGCCUUACAGCUGGUUGAUACAGCAGGGCAGGAUGAGUACUCCAUAUUACCUCAGUCAUAUUUCAUGAACAUUGACGGCUACAUUCUAGUCUACUCAGUCAACUCUCAAAAAAGUUUUGAGGUGAUCCAGUUUGUAUAUGACAAGCUGCUUGACAUGAAGGGGAACAUCGGGAGUAUUCCGGUUGUCCUCGUAGGCAACAAGUCGGAUCUCAGCAUGGAGAGGGAGGUGUCUGCAGAUGCUGGUAAGCGAUUGGCCGAGAAGUGGAAGAUACCGUUCCUGGAGACCUCUGCCAAAGAAUACACAAGUGUAAGCAGGUUGUUUGAGCAGAUCGUCAUGACGAUGGAGAAAGCUUCUGGGAACGUCACAGAGAAGAACGGCUGUGUAAUCUCCUAGAUACUAUCGCCAUGGAGUCAGCUAGUCCCCGCUGUGUUGACUUGGGAAGAGAUGAACUAUAACUGUUACAUUUAGAAUUGUACAAAGCAGUAGAAACAAACUUGUUCGAAAAUCAUAAUUUCACUAUCUCGAUAUCCCCCACCAUACAGUGUAUGAUGUUAACUAAUUCUUAAGAUUCUCAUAAAUGUGGAAUGAAAGUUGAGAAAAUUGCGAUCAUAUGUUAUAACCUAUUUAUUAAAGUACUGUGUUAAGUGAUGACAUAUUAUUUGAUGAAAUUCCCUCUGUGUUUUACUUGAGAUACUUGUAAAAGGUUAAAUGUGAAUAUCAGUUGUAAUUGUUUAAAAAUGAGUGUUUCAGUGAAACCCUGACUAUGUUUCAUUCACUUAUUGUCAAAACUAAAAAGUUUGAUAUAUUCUUUUCCAUUAAUCAUUGUUAGUUCAUUUUAAUUACAUGUAGUUUAACACAAGUUAAAUUCAUAUUUACCUUAAAAUUGAUGCUUUCAAACCAGUAAUCUCAUCCAUUGACAAAUUUCUAGUCUCGCAUAAUUUGUCACGCCCUGAACAUUGAAUACUAUUGUCAUGGUGAUUUUUUCUACCAUGGUUUUCAUUUACUUUAAGCUUCAAUCGGAUGACUGGAGAAGUGAUUCUUGAAAAUAGAAAAACACUAGACAGUGCUAGUAUUUAUUACACUGACAGUGUUACGUUUACCACUGCUGUCAAUAUGCAGUCUCCAUCAAACCGAGACUUCUAGUGUUUAUUAUACUUACAGUGUUACGUUUACCACUGCUGUCAAUAUGCAGUCUCCAUCAAACCAAGACUUCUAGUGUUUAUUAUACUUACAGUGUUACGUUUACCACUGCUGUCAAUAUGCACCCUCCAUCAAACCGAGACUUCUAGUGUUUAUUAUACUUACAGUGUUACGUUUACCACUGCUGUCAAUAUGCAGUCUCCAUCAAACCAAGACUUCUAGUGUUUAUUACACUUACAGUGUUACGUUUACCACUGCUGUCAAUAUGCAGUCUCCAUCAAACCGAGACUUCUAGUGUUUAUUACACUUACAGUGUUACAUUUACCACUGCUGUCAAUAUGCAGCCUCCAUCAAACCAAGACUUCUAGUGUUUAUUAUACUUACAGUGUUACGUUUUCCACUGCUGUCAAUAAGCAGUCUUGUAUCCAGACUUUUUUUUCAUGCAUUUGAUUGAUUUUGUGAAUCUGAAGGAUGGAAUACGAGAGGUCACUUACCUAAGGUUACAUUUCUGUGUUGUAUGAUUAUUGUGUAAGGGUCUUGGAAGGUGUGACUGUGUUUUAUUUGAUGCUUUGUUAGUGUUUUAGUAGCUGAAUCAGGUGGAAUGUACAACUAUUUUUUGAGUGUUCAAAUGAUCUUUUAAAUUGAUGAAAUAAUUUUCUUGCAGUUGUUAGUGAUUUCUUUUAGAUCUUGUUUUUUUUAAACAGGCAGUCUUUCAAUUUGUUGUUGAGCAGAUAAAAACAAUAAAAAAUUUCAGAGGUAGAAAAAUGUUGUUAAAUAAGAAAAUAAAUCUAGUGUGAUGAUGUUACUUGAAAUUUCAUGAUAAGAAUACAAUAACAUUUUAAUUGAAGAUCAUUUCAGUAAAACUGGGACAUAUUAUUUCAGUCAACUCAUACUUCGAGAUGAAAAAACACUGAUUCAAAUUAUAUGAUUUUGACAUACUUUUAGAACCCCAUUUAUCCCCCAUAUCACAUUAUCAUGCUUGAAAAUCUUUACUGGAUCAGCUGAUUUCAGCCGUUUUGCCAAAUGUGUUUGAUCUGGUCCGAAAUGUUCAAAUCGAAUAAUGUUUUUGGUAAGUUUAAUGGGGGUGACCCCUUUUUCAGGGGAUUUUGUUACCAAGCGUUUACAUCCCUGCAUAAUACAUCCUUGUUUCACAGAUUGUUUUAUUCCAUAUUCCAUAUGUAUUUGAAUUCCCUUUACAUGUGAUUCUCAAUAUAUAAAUGUUGCAUGUUGUUGUAUUAUUGAUAUCAGCUUCAAAGGUGAAAGAAAAAAUGUACUUGAAAUGACAUUAUAUAAAAUAGCACUUUAAUACAGCCUUUUCUCUUUCAUCUGUCUUUGGAACAGGCAAAUGGUUGUAAACGUUGUGUGUAUUUAUCACAGUUUCAUUUAUUCAUGGUCAGAUACUGUAGUCAGAUGCUGAUUAAAGAUAGCGACAGUUUUUGUUGACCUUUUUGCUUUGUUAUUACUUACUAUAAAAUGUGUAAGAAUUUUUGCAUGAUAUUGUGAAUUUAUCUGUGAAUUAAACCAUCUGGAUAAAAU